AUGUCUGGAGACGCGUGCCCGAAUCCGAAACAACGUGCUACGUUGGCGAUCGAGGAGGAGCAUAUUCCUCGAUCGCCAUCAUCACCGCCACCAUUUGUCAUCAAGGAGAAAGCGGCUGUAGGAGCAUUGGUAAGUUGACUGCGAUUAUGGCCGAGAAAAAAUUCAAAAGUUCGGCCACGCAACUAUUGCUUUUGCACAACGUUUUUCAAAACCCUGAAUGAAAACGGCACCGGUGAGAGUGAGUGAGACAGUUAGGAGACGCAGACAUUGAAAAUGAAUAAAAACGUGAAAUAAUUCGUGUGACAGCCUACUGUAGUUCGCAGUUGUGUGCAAACACGGCGACGCACAAGUGCACAGCGCGUUUUUUUCGUGGCCCAACGGAAUUUUGAAAACUAAUGGGGUGAUUCAAUACGAAAAAAAUAAUUAAAAAACAUUUUUACGAAAAUUUCGGUUCAGAAAAUGUCAAAAAAUAGGAAAAAGUAUAGUUUUUUGACAUUUGCUGAAUCGAAAUUUUUUAUAAAUAAAAAAUGUUUUAUUAAUUUUUUUCGACUUGAAUCACCACAUAAGCGGUUGUGAAUCAUUCAACGCCACUCUGAAAUCAUUCACGGCCUUUCAAAAAUAGGGAAAAUUUCAAAUUGAGAGAUACGCAGAGGGAGAAACACCAAAUCCGUCUGGCUCCUCGUUGCGAGACCAAGCGCGGGAAACAUGUUUUUCAAAUUUUUUCGUUUUCUCUGUGUCUCUCUCCAUUUACCCUGUGAAAGGCCGUGCAUUGGAAGGUAAUCGAUGCUAUUUAUAGUAGUGUACACAAAAAUAGAUAACCGGAAAUGAUAGGCGGUUGUUUUAUCAAUACCGUAUCUCUAAUUUCUCUAAAAACAAUUUUGGCAGGGUUCAGGGUCUAUAAUUUUCUCUCUCUUCCUCUUCUUUUUCAUCUUUGUUACAAAAAAUGUUCUUUUUUUGUUUCUCCCUUCUCGAAAAAUCUUCGCUUACAAUCUAUUUUCAGUGCGUCGUGUGUGGCGAUCGCGCUUGCUCACAUCUCUACUACGGAGUUGCCGCGUGUCACGGAUGCAAGUGUUUUUUCUGGCGAACCGUCAAAAGUAGACUGAACUACGUCUGCCGGUACGGUGGAACUUGCUCGAUGUCCACCGGUUAGUUUUUGUUUUUGUUUAUUGUGAGCACAUUGAGCUCUAGCAAAUAAACAAAGAUUUGAUUUUUUAUUAUUACAGCCGGUCGCAACGCUUGUCGUUACUGUCGUUUUAAUCGCUGCCUCAACGUUGGUAUGAAGAUGGAAGGUGAGUUCUGAUCUUCAGCUUGAUAGAUCUUAUCACUGAUCUUCAAUCACAAACAAUUUCAGCUGUUAAAAUGGACAGAAAACUGACAAAACGAAAGAAGAAGGAGAUGGAUAGUGAUGAGUUUGAUGAACAGGACAACUAUGAAGCGGUGAGUUCAAAAAAUCAACCGGGGGCUUCUCCCAUUCACGUGCUCCUUGUUUUUGCUCUUCAGCUGCAAAAAGAAGAGAGAGCGAGAGAGAGAGAGUGCGCAGAGAGUGACGUUUUGUGCUCACAGUGGCCACUCGCUUGGUUUGAUGUUUUUACUAGUGAGCACAUUGAGCACAAAGGGAACAUUGCGAUUUUUGAGGCUGAAUAUUGUAAGCGUCAAUUAAAAUGCACUGUGUAUGAUUCAUUGAACAUUUGAUCUAUCAAAUGUUUGUUUAUAGUUUGAACAAAAUGAAAUAGUGUGUGUGGUGUGAGAGGUUUAGACAGCGAGAGAGAGAUUCUUCCCUAACUUCACAAUGAAAACAAUUUUGCGUUAAAAUGCAACGCGGAUAGAAAAAUGUGCAUACACCAAACAUCAAACACUACGCGCAAAACCCUACAUUACCUCUUGUGAACCCACGAGCAUGACCGAAAAAAAAAAAUGUUUUUUGCGCGUCAAUUCAAAUGCAAUGCACAAUUUUUACACUACCCUAUCCCGUUGAGUCAGGCGCGGGAGUAUUUUGCCCGAAAAUAAAUUUCGUGGCGAGAUAUUUUCAAUAAAAUGUGUUUGUGUUCCUUCAAACAAAUUACGGUUUUUUUUUCAAAGACACACACAUUUUCUCAAAAAUAUCUCGAAGCGGAGGUCAUUCUUAACUUUUUUCGUUUCAGCCUGAUGCAAAACGAGCCAAAACCGACCAUCGUCUUUUGGUCUCCUCAUUGUUGCUCAUCGACAAAACGUCAUCAGAUGGCAACGCAAAAAUGGCCACGCUUCACUACGUCGAACCAUCGCUCACCAACUUCUUCGACGAACCAGAACUUUUAGACGGUUAUCGCACAGAAAUGAGUUAUCGAGCAACUCAACAAGCAGACGAGAAAUCGUGUUAUGAAACCGAACGUCGGUUGGUUACUUGGGCAAUUGACUGGUGUCGUCAGACGGCCGAAAUCGAUGAAGCGCUCACUGUCGCCGACAAAAUUUGUUUGUUGCGCGCCGCGUGUCCAUCAUUGGUGCUCAUCGAAUUGGCCACACAAUCUGUCACCAAACCUGCGACACAAGUUCCCUUAUGUAACAACACUUUUCUUCAUGUUCACGUUCAACCACCGUCCAACUCGUUCAUCAAUUGGAAGACCCUCCAAUCGUUGUCGAAAUGGACACAACGUGAGCUGAAGCCGCUGAGCUUGAAGCCUAAAGAAAUUGUACUUCUCAAAGCGCUCCUUGUUCUCAAUCCUGGUUAGUUUUCUCUUAUCAAGAAAUAUAAAAAAAACCCUCGGGUCAAUGGUUUCCGGUGGAGCCAGUGCAACAAAAAUUCUGAUAAAAUCAUAAGUAUCAACGGAAAUCAUAAUGAUAACAACUAAAUUCCUUAUUAAUUCGUGGAAAAUUUUCCGUAAACAGCAAACCGAACUAGGGAAAAAGAAAUUAAAAAAAAAACAUUUCUUGCAGAUGCCCCCGGAUUGUCAGCCGAAGGUGAAUUGGCUGUUCGCGGACUUCGUGAACGUGUCCACUCUGCAUUAUUCCAACUCGCAAUUGGACCGCAAACGGAACCCGCGCUUGCCGCCGCACGACUCGCUUCGAUUAUUUUGUUGAUUCCCCAAAUUACAGUGAGUUCUGGGGGAAGGGGGGUAACUUCUGGUGGAUUUUUUAGAGGCAGGGGGCUUAACUUUUCGAAAAUUUCCCCCCGUAAGGGGGGGGGGGGGUUAACUGAAGGGGUCAGAACCAGACCUGGGAAAUUUUACGUUAACGUUUUUUACGGUUUUACGCUCCAAAAAAUCGUAAAAUAAUUUUACGUAAAUAGCAUUAAUUAUAAUGAAUUUUCACAGAAUCAAAUUGAAACUUCAAAAAAAACUCAAAAUCUUUCAAAUAAAAUUUUGAGAUAAUCCUAAUUAAUUAAUUUUUCGAUAGAAAUGGAGAAUAAUAUUGUUAAUAUUUUGUUGGAGUUACGGUAACUUAACAACUCCCAAUUUUUAAAGAACUGUUUUGCUCUUUUCAGUGAAAGGGUUCAGUGACAAAAUUUUACGAAUUUUACGAGAUUUUACGGUUUUUUAGAACCGUAAAAUACCCAUUUUACGUUUUACGGUGCCACGUAAAAACUUCCCAGGUCUGGUCAGAACAAUGAGUCCGCAAUUUCAUGUAAAAACGAAAAAAUUUUCAUUUUUCCAUGUGGGGCCUCUCUGCAAAUAUCCUCUUAACACUGUCAAUUUGCAGCUCUUGGGUCUCGAAAUCAUCGAGCAAGUCCGUGUGCGCAACACCUUUGCCAAACGCCUGCCGGGCGGCGAAGGACUCUUAUUCUGGCAACUAUACGGAGACAUUUUCGAAGAUACUCACAACAAUUUCAACGAGGACUAUUUGGAGCAUUCGGCAUCGUGCAGUCCAACUGAUAGUCAACACACAAUUGAUAGCAGCUGA